UAGAUAGACAGACAGACACUAUAAAUUAGGGACUAUAAAGUAGAAGUAGACUGUGACAUUUACUGCUUGACUUUGUGUCAAAAUGAUACCUUAAGGUCCUAUCUUUGGCAGAGUGUGGACCGAGAGAGAGCCAGCAGGAAGAGCACGCUGACGACAACGUGUCAAUUUCUCCAAAAAUAGCGUCUUCUCUCUUUCCCCCAGUCCUCCGUUGAGUUGACACCGCUGUGUUUACCCCUCUUCUUCUUCUUCUUCUUCAACUUCUGCGCAACAGCAGGGCAGCAGCUUCAGGCCUGCAGAUGCAGCGCGUUGCUCCUGACCCCGGCGUGAGACGAGCGAAGCUGCAGAACAUCCCGGAGGAGCGCGCGUGGAGCCUCACUCAUGACCAUCCUAUGAUUCCUGCCUCUGUCCUGUAAAGACCUCUGGAAAACUUUCAGCUCUGACUGAACUGGACUGAGAACGAUCAUGCAUUUCUCUGACUUGCUCUUUAUUGGUUUGGUGACAUUGGGAACAUCUGAGUUCUGCUCCGCUGGACCUCUUCAUGCGCAGUGCAAAGUCGAGUGGUAUUUCAGUCUCCCUUGCAGAAGUGUGUAUGAAGCUCUGGUCUCACAGAUUAAAAAGUGGAGGACAGUUUCGACCUGUGCCACGGGAGGAGAGAAAUGUCUCUACAAGUUGCAGUCCGCGUCUGUGCACUUCAUAUCAGCCAAACACACAACUCCAGUAAAGAAAUACGUUGACGACAUCAACUUCAGACUCGUCUCCUUCGGAUUUUUCACACACUGCCACGUGUCUGCCAUGUCAGUGUCAGAGACCUGGUAUGCUGUCACGGAUCACGGCACCAACUACUGCAACCUCUACAACUUGAUGGAAGGAAGUGGGCUUACUGAAGCUCCGGGAUACAAAGAGAUCACCAGUGACUUCCUGUGCACCCAGCGCUCAUCUGCUAACUGCACCGUCUACUAGCAUGAAGACAACUUCAUAUUUUUUAUAUACAAACGUCUAUAUAGAAUUUUUGUGGCUUAUGUAAUCUCUGAAAAGUAAAAAAAAAUCUGACCCCGUACCACAAAACCAUAAUUUUUAGACAAUUUUUUGUACAUCAUAUGAAAGCCGAAUAAAUAAGCUUCAUACGUCA